UACAAUUCUCGCUAGGUAUAUAAACGGCCUCCUCGAACUCUCUCUCUCUUACCCAUUCAGUUUCCAAAUUAAGCGAGAAAAAGCAACGUUUCGCUUUUUCCAGCUAGCGAUUUGAGAUCCCUACAACAAUUUGUUGAAAGCUGAAACAGAUCAUUAACAUUACUCAUCAUUUGGUCACACAAGAGCUUCUAUAUUUGUAAUAUUCCACUGUUCGGUGACAGUAUACAAGGGAUCAGAUUUGUACUUGUCUUUGGUUCUGAAGCAAGGAUACUGAUAUUAAGUCUUGUUUUUUGUGAACUGUUUGUGGGGUUUCUUUUCUCUGCAUGGACAUUGUAUUUUUAUGAUAUAGAGGGGGUUUUGUAUUUGUUAUUAUAAAAUUAAUCAGGCCUGGCUCUGGAGAGCUAUUUGGACUCCAGCCACCAGGGGACGGUGCCCCCUUUGGCACCUACUCGCGUGGCUGGAGGAUUAACCCAGUCUUCUUCAAGUUCUGGAAUUUUCUUCCAAGGAGAUGGGCAGUCCCAGGCUGUCGUCAACUCUCACUUGAGCUCAUCUUAUGCGAAUUCAUCUAGUUCAAUUCCUGGAACUGGGCGUCCCAAUCUGGGUCCAGUUUCUGGGGACAUUAAUAAUGCAAUGUUGAAUAGUGUGGCAAAUUCAGGACCAAGUGUUGGGGCAAGCUCUUUGGUAACUGAUGCAAAUUCGGCUUUUUCUGGAGGUCCCCAUUUGCAGAGAAGUGCAAGCAUCAAUACAGAGUCGUAUAUGCGCCUACCAGCAUCGCCCAUGUCAUUUUCUUCCAAUAAUAUUAGCAUUUCUGGCUCAUCAGUUGUCGACGGGUCUACUGUAGUGCAGCAGGGUUCUCAUCAAGAUCCAAGUGUCCAACAAGUGCAUCAGGGGCAGCAGCAACAGCAGCAACAACAAGGAGCUUCCAGUGCUACAUCAUUGCCCCCAUCACAAAGUGGUCAAGUUUCACUUCCUAUGGGUUCUCGAGUUCCUGGUUCAGUUGUGCAGGACCCUAAUAAUAUAUCCCAAGUCCAAAAGAAACCGCGAUUAGAUAUCAAGCAGGAAGAUAUUCUGCAGCAGCAGGUGUUGCAACAGCUGCUUCAGAGACCGGAUUCCAUGCAAUUACAAGGCCGUAAUCCGCAGCUGCAAGCUUUACUUCAGCAGCAGAGGCUAAGACAACAGCAACAGCUGUUGCAGUCCAUGCCCCCAUUGCAUAGAGCUCAGUUGCAGCACCAGCAGCAGCAGCAGCUUCAGUUGAGGCAGCAAUUGCAACAAGGCAUACAGCAAGUAUCUGCAAUUAAGCGUCCCUACGAUGGUGGCGUAUGUGCUCGUAGGUUGAUGCAAUACCUAUAUCACCAGCGUCAACGGCCUCCUGACAAUAGUAUUGCAUACUGGAGGAAAUUUGUAGCAGAAUACUAUUCUCCUCGUGCAAAGAAAAGAUGGUGCUUAUCCCUCUAUGAUAAUGUGGGCCAUCAUGCACUUGGUGUCUUCCCACAGGCAGCUAUGGAUGCUUGGCAAUGCGACAUUUGUGGCUUUAAAUCUGGAAGGGGAUUUGAAGCAACUUUUGAAGUACUCCCCAGACUUAAUGAAAUCAAAUUUGGCAGUGGUGUAAUCGAUGAGCUUUUGUUUUUGGACUUGCCACGUGAAUAUAGGUUUCCUUCUGGGAUAAUGAUGUUGGAGUAUGGGAAAGCAGUUCAAGAGAGUGUAUAUGAGCAACUCCGUGUUGUUCGUGAAGGCCAGCUUCGUAUAAUUUUUACCCAUGACUUAAAGAUUUUGUCUUGGGAAUUCUGUGCACGGCGCCAUGAAGAACUUCUUCCUCGCAGAUUGGUUGUACCUCAGGUAAGCCAAUUGCUUCAGGUAGCGCAGAAGUGCCAGAGCACAAUUUCUGAAAGUGGAUCAGAUGGUGUUUCUCAGCAGGAUUUGCAAACUAAUAGCAACAUGGUCUUGACAGCUGGACGCCAACUUGCAAAGAGUCUGGAGUUGCAAUCACUGAAUGAUUUGGGUUUUUCCAAAAGAUAUGUAAGGUGUUUGCAGAUUUCCGAAGUUGUCAACAGCAUGAAAGAUCUGAUUGAUUUUUCCCGGGAGCAAAAAGUUGGGCCAAUUGAGGGCUUGAAAAAUUACCCACGGCAUGCCACUGCAGCCAAACUCCAAAUGCAAAAGAUGCAAGAAAUGGAACAGUUAGCAAAUGUUCAGGGUCUGCCAACUGACCGGAACACUCUUAAUAAGCUGAUGGCGUUGCAUCCAGGGAUAAAUAACCCCAUGAACAAUAACCAUCACAUGGUCGGUCGAGGGGCUCUUGGUGGCUCAGCACAGGCUGCUUUAGCACUGAGCAACUACCAGAAUAUUCUCAUGAGGCAGAAUUCAAUGAAUUCAAAUCCUAACUCAGUCCAGCAAGAUGCAUCAUCUUCAUUCAACAAUUCAAAUCAGAAUCCUUCAACAACAUUUCAGGGGCCUCCAUUUGUCCCAGGAUCCAUGCAGAACCUACCCAUCAGUGGCUUUUCAAACCCCCAUUUACCUCAACAGCCGCAGCAGGCCCAGCAACUGCAACAGCGGUCAUUAAGUAGCAAUAGUUUACUACAGCAGAACCAUCUUCCAAGCUCCCAAAGUAACCAGGCCUUGCAACAGCAAAUGAUUCAGCAGUUGCUUCACAUGUCCAAUAACAGCAGUGGAAGUGUUCAGCAGCAGCCCAUUUCAGGGCAAAAUGUAAAUGGUAACGGGACACGGAAUGGAUUGAGUUUCGGGAGUAAUACUUCAGCGGCUGCUCCCACCAGUUCCAAUGUUUCUGGAGGUGGAGCUGGACCUGCUCCAAGUCGGAGCAACAGCUUCAAAGCUGCUGCAUCAAACAGCAAUUCUUCUGCAGCUGGUGGCAACAAUGGAUUCAACCAGAGAGCACUUGAUUUGCCUCAGAAUUUGCAUUUACAAGAGGACAUGGUCCCGGAUAUAUCUCAUGAGUUCACUGAAAACGGGUUUUUUAACAAUGACCUUGACGAUACAAUGGGUUAUGGUUGGAAAGCAUGACUAACAAGAUUGACCCAAAAUAUUGGCUUUGAUUUGGUGUGUUGGGCAUAUAUCUUUGUACAGAGUUAUCUGAGAUAGUUGCUUCUUCGCUGCGCCUAAUUAUGGAAUUGUUUGUUACAUCAAGCACUUGUACUCCCAAUAGGUGUUUAGAGAUAUCCCCUUUUUUUUAUAUAACUUUUCCGAGAGUUUUCCUAUCUCCAAGUAUGGCAAGUGUAAUUUAGUAGACUAAAUACUUUUUGCAAGAACAUCUUAAGGUUCCUAUUAAUAUGA